AUGGCUUCCCAUCUCAUCAUCGGCGUGAUGAUAAACCAUCUAUGCCUAUCGCCCCAGGAACCAUACAUAACUGUGCUUCUUGGUACGACAACGAUGAACCCUUCCAUCACAGCAGAAUGCGGGAACCUCAAAGAAGACUUCUCUUACUGCGUUAAAUAUAAAAAGGCGUCUAUCCCCGUUAGUUACUCCACGACCAAGUUCACCACGGCUCCCCGGUCUUUUACCGCGCUCGUCCCUUCGAAGACAAUACCCACGAAGCCAUCUACAACUACCGUUGGUGGCAAUGGUGUCGAGACACCCGAUCCAAUCCAACCUGACAUGGUAUCGAACUGCAACAAGUUCUACUUUGUCGAGCUGGGUGACAACUGCAAUGCAGUCUCCUCCAAGCACGGUAUCACCUUAGCACAGUUCACGACUUGGAACCCCAAGCGCAGCACGGGACAUACAGCAACUCCCACGCAAUCUACUAAGCCUACCAACGGGAUCGAAACACCAUCGCCUAUCCAAGCCGGUAUGACCAAGAUUUGCAACAAGUUCCAUCUCAUCAAAUCGACUACCACUUGCAACUCCAUACAGGACUACUAUAAGCUUCGUCUCAAGGACUUUUAUUCCUGGAACCCCGCCGUUGGCACCAAUUGUCAGUCUUUGCUCGUCGACUAUUGGGUUUGUGUCAGUGUAGUUGGCUGGACACCGCCGACUCCUACAACACCUAACAAUGGAAUCACCACGCCCACGUCUAUUCAGUCCGGCAUGACCAAGAACUGUAACAAAUUUCACAUUGUCAAGUCAACAACCACGUACUAUAACGUCUGCGUACGUGUCAUCGGCCAAAAGCCUUCACCAACAAGCACAGGCAAUGGAAUAACAACUCCCACGCCGAUACAGGCCGGCAUGACCAAGAGCUGUAACAAAUUUCAUACAGUCAAGUCAACAACGACCUGUACUUCGAUUCAGGAUUACUACAAGAUCUCAUUCGCAGAUUUCUUUGCCUGGAAUCCAGCUAUAGGAUGUAAAUGCACGGCUUUAUGGGCUGAUUAUAAUGCCUGCGUGGGCGUUGUCAAGUCAACCACGACUCGGGCCUCAAUUCAGAAUUACUACAAGAUUACGAUGGCCAAUCUUUUCAAGUGGAAUCCUGCUAUUGGUUCGACUUGUAAGAGCUUGUGGGUGGACUAUUGGGUUUGCGUGCAGGCUUAGACCUGCUUUGACGUUCUCUUCUAUGUAUACAUAACUCUUUUUCUCUAUACCUCCUUAUUACAUAUACUUUCAUAUCUUUUCCUAGAUCAAUCCGUUGAGACAAGAGGGAAGGGUAGCCGCGCUAGUCUUUAUUCGUUUGCUAGCUGAUACUUAGCGUGCUCGCUUGCGACCAAC